GCUCCCACCGGAGUGGAGGCGGGGUGUGAACCUCAGUUGUCCGUCUCCUCUCCGAGCGGGUUGCCUGUCAGCCUUUUUCUAGGGCUGAGCUGGAGUGGAAAAGGGCAGGAAGGAAAGGUCUCCGGGAGGCAAGGGUCUCCAAAGAAGAAAAAAUCCACCUUUUUCUUCUUCCUGCCAGAUCCCUCCAUGUCCUGGUGUCCUCUCUCCCCACAUGAUGCCCCAGUCCUUUUAGGAUUCCCCGUGUGGUGUGUGUGGUGGAUAGAGUGACAGAUUAAGACGCUCGGGAGGCCUGGGUUCGAAUUCCUGUUCCGCCAUGGAAAUUCCCUGUGGGAGCAGAAGUACUAAAACCACGCCUUAAAUAACUCUGCUUACGUCGAAAGACUUACAGUAUUAGGGUUUGGUCUAAGUUGAGGACACAGAACACACAGGCACAUGUACACACUUGAGAGUGGCGGUGGCUGCAUCGCCAAAAGAGGGACAAGUGUCUCCCAAAUGGAGACCAAACGUCAACAAAAGCAUGGACAUUUACCAUGAAAAGGGGUGGCAUUUGUUGCUUUAAAAUGACAUAUGCUGAUUUAAGCUAAUAUAUACAGAUGAUAUUGAUAUGUCCAACAAGAACUCAGCAGAGUCUGACACCGAAAGUGAAUGUGAUUUUUAUUCUGACUGUUGGGAAGAAAACAUUGUGCAUGUCAACAAAGAUUUGGUUGACUCUCAUAGUGAAAGUGAUCUACAUUUUCGUCAAAACAGUCCAUGCAGUUUGCUUGGAAAAAAGAAAGGAAAAAACAAGUUGAGUAAAACAGUACUGAUUUCCAGCAUUACUAACUUAGCAAACUGUUGCAAACAUUGCCCUCUGCUGCAAGCACAAAGAUUAGAGAAUGCUAGAGAGUUUCAAGUGAAAUUGUCACCAGACUCUAUAUUGCAUUUAACCUUUGAGGAUGACAAUACAAGUAAUAAUCCACUGAAAACUUACUCAUCCAAGUAUGAUGGGUCUUAUAAAGAUGGCUUGUAUUUAAAUUUUAAAAUCGUUCCUACAUUUGCUACUGAGAAUUCAGUAAAAGGACAAACCUUUCACAAAGCAGAUGAAACUUAUACAUUUGAUGAGCCAAAUCAGAAGCAACCACCAGAUGAUUGUUUAUCAGCGAGUAAACACAACAAAGAUUUCUUUCCUUGUAGAGAAGCAGAAGCUGAGGAAAAUAUUGUUGGUGACUGUUUCAAACCAUCAGCACGACUUUGUGAGAUUAAUAAAAUACAAGUCAAGAAACCUACGGUAUGUCACAAUAUUGAAAGACAACUGGUAAAGGACAGUUUGGAUUACUCUUCAGAGGAUUCGUGUAAAACGGACAGUUCUCAGACCUCUGAUAAAAAUUGUUUGCAUACUGCCUCAGAAGAACUUAUUUCUCUGACACUCAAAGCCUCUUGUGUAGAUCCAGCUAGUUCAAUAGAAGAAGAUUCACAGAGACCUACUUUAGCUUUUAAAUUCAAAGAUUCUGAAGAAAGCCAGCUAGUAACGAAGCUGUACAUAUCUCUUAUUCCAGGUUCUGUGCGCAUAGACACAGAAAAGCCAAAACAAAUUCCAGCUUCCACAAAGAUAGGACAUUCAAAAAUCUUAGCUGAGGAUAUUGGCCAUCCUUCAGCAGAACACACAGAAUCAUCUGAAGGUAGCCACCUCACAAUAGUUUAUACAGGAUCAUCCGAAUGUAGUUGUUCUAGCAUCCAAUCUGAUCAAGCGCUAUCUACACUGAAGCCUUGGGCUCCUUCUCAGCGCUUUCCAUUCUUUAAAGAUACAUAUGCAAGUCAGAAUUCCACCUUCUGUGUCAGAUCAUUACCCCAUUACAGGAUCACAUCAGUUUAUAGGAGUUCUCAAGUUCAGAAAGGACCACCAAAGGCCUCCAAGCCUAAGAAAUCUAUUAUAUUAAACAGAAACAAAAAAGACCAACAAUUCAGAAGCAAAUCCCCUAUCUCUAAUUUUCAUUGGCCAAAAACUAAAAACAAAAAUACUCAUAACGCAGUAGAAAUAAAUGACUUAUAUUAUUUGCCUCUAGCACAGGCUACUAAAUGUUGUUGUAGCCCAUUGCUUGAUUUGAUGGUUGACCUGUAUUCUCCAGAGAGAGAUUCUGGGAAGCUUCUAAGAGUGCACAGAAAACCUCCCAAAAGAACAGAAGUUAGUAAGGUAACUCCAAGAGUUUCCUCCCACUGCAUGCUAAAUCCUAUACGUAGUUUUGAGAGGUUCCAAUACCUUUCUCCAAUAAGAAGGAAAAAUAAUUUGAAGAUGAAGAACAUAUUGAACUAUUGUUUAGGGAGGGCUGGAGGACAGAAUACACAGAAAAACUGUAAAGACGAUGUCUUUCCCACUCCAAAUAAUUCAAAUAUAAAGAGAAAUGACAUUUCCACUCCAAAUAAGCCAGCUGAUGAAUGGAGUUCUGGUGCCACACUUCUCUCAAGCUCAAGGAAUACUUCAGUUCCACUUUCUGCUCAAUUGUCUCAUUCAAAUAAAAGAUGUUCUUCACCCUGUUUACAAAUUGGUCAAAGGAGUCCUGCACCAUUUUAUCUUUUUUGUAAAGAACAGGGGCAUUCAUGUAUACCCUGUGCACAAACUGAAAAACACAUUUGGAGUCCUGCAGCAUCUUACUCUGAUGGAAAAUGUAGCAUUUCUCAUACUCCUUGUUGUACAAAGAUGAUCCAGCAACAGAAGGAAAGAAUUUACAAUACAGGUGUGGAAAACAUGGAUUAUGGGUCUAACCAAGUAACUUGUGGAGGUUUAUUCCCAAAGAAGCUUUCAGUCUGCUCAUGUGGAACUAUACCCCAGUGUGGCAAAGAAUAUAUUUCAGAGUCAGUCAGGAAGAAAACCAGGGCAAAUUCAGAUAUUGACUGCGCAGCUGGUAUAACUGAAUCAAACAGAGUAAAUUCCCCUAUAAGAAUCUGUAACACAGAGGAAGCCUGCUGUGCUAGCUGCCAACAUGGUUUCCACUUCUGUUCUUCGCACAACAUAGGUAGCCAAGAAGCUUCAAAUAAUCAUUUCAUUAAAGUAGCAUCCUUCUUUGAGAAUGGAUUUUCUACAAAGAAUCUGAAAAAAGAUGAUGUAGAGAAAAAUAAAACACUGAAAACAAGCAGUAGAAAAAAUGUCACAUUCCAUGUAGGGCCAGGUACUACACAAGAGAUUGGUCCAUCAGGCACUUAUAUGGCAUCAUCUUCUAAGGAUGGCUUUCAAGUACCUAAACAUUUUGCUUAUUCUGAAUACUCGUGUUGCCAGAGAGUGCAUAACUGCUGUUGCUCAGAAUUCAAGAACUGCCUAAACAGAGAAAGUAUUUUUCGAGUGAAAUGUGGUCAGGAGACUAGAAACAGCUGCCAAUGUUCCAAGGAAAUCUCCAUUUUCAACAUUAACCAAAUUGAUAGGUGUAAUGGAAGGAGAGCAGCUACUUCUGAGAUAAAGGAAUCUGAACGCAUUCAGGAUUCAUCGCAGAUCAAUCGUGGCUGGAGAAGACCUUGUGGAAACCACAAAUGCUGCCAGAACAAUAUUCAAAAAUGCUGUCAGUGCUGCAUGUAUUUACAAUAAGAAGGCAGUGAUACAUGUAUCUCAGCACUUGAUUCAGAGAGAAUCUCAAUAAACUAGGUAUAACAAAA